GAAGAACAACUGGCGAGGCGAUAGAAAAAAAAAACGCUUCCCGCGGGAUGCGGUGCAGAGCAAACCUGCCGACGGGCACGGCACUAUAUAUAGCCACUGAAUGUUUUGAUAGGAGCAUAGUUCAAAUCAGCACUUCUUCAAGGAAUAAGCUCCAAACAAACAUUCAAAAAUGAAACUUUUCAUCGUUGCUCUGGCCCUGUUUGCCGUGGCUGCCGCCCGGCCCCAGGAGGACAAGUACACCACCAAGUACGACAGCAUCGACACCGAUGAGAUCCUGAAGUCGGAUCGUCUCUUCAAGAACUACUACAACUGCCUGUUGGAUACGGGAGCUUGCACCCCGGAAGGCAACGAACUGAAGCGUGUCCUGCCCGAUGCCCUGGAGAACAACUGCUCCAAGUGUAGUGAGAAUCAGAAGACGUCCAGCACCAAGAUCAUCAAAUUCCUGACCGAGAACAAGCCGGAGGAGUGGGUCGCUCUGAAGGCCAAGUACGAUCCGGAUAACAAGUACGUUCAGAAGUACGUGACUGAUGCCGAUAAGGAUGGAAUCAAGCUGUAAAUUGACGAUAUGGCUCUUACUUGGAACUGAAUUUUUGGAUUGCGUUUGAUUGACAAAGUGUUUCUGGGAUGAUUUGAGUAUUACCAAUAAAUUCAAGAUGUUUGUACAAA